AUGUUUCGUGUUGCAACUUACGUGUUUAUGGAUCUUGAGACCACAGGCCUGCCUAGUGAAGAAAUAGGUAAAACAAGAAUUACAGAAAUUAGUUUUGUCGCUGUAAAACGUGAUCAUGUCCUGGAAACUGCGCCGGGGAAAGUCCCGCGAAUGCAGCAUAAAAUUACACUUUGCCUCAAUCCUAUGAGAGUAAUUCAACCGAGCGUCACAGAAGUGACGGGCUUGUGUAAUGAUCUGCUUGAAUUUGAACCAACUUUCAAAAUUGAUGUCUUCAACACUUUGAACACAUUUCUUAAUAUAUUAACGAAACCUGUAUGUCUUAUUGCACAAAAUGGUCUUGGAUUUGAUUUUCCAAUUUUAAAGAACCACAUAGAACGUUUAGGAGAGAAGUUUGCUGAUGAUGUUUUAUGCGCUGACUGUUAUCAUGGUUUUUAUGAUAUAUUAGAAGAAUUGAAACUAUCCUUUAAAGAUCCGUCUCUGCAAGACGUGAGUGAAGAAAAUUCUGGAAAUAAAUCGUCAGCCUGUGAAGCUGUUUUACAAAAGAAUAAUAUUAUAUUAUCUGACUCUAAAAAUGAAUGUGCAAUAGCCUAUGAUCAUAAUCUCUUUGUAGAAAAUACACUUGCAAUGAAAUCUAUAAAUGAGGUAACACCACGUAAAUCAAACUUACCUGCUCUUAAUAAAAUGAGUAAAGCACGUAGAAGAUUUCCAUGGAGUAAAGGAAACAAACCAAAAGAAAAGUAUAAAUUGAAAGAUGUAUAUGAAAGGCUAUUAAAUCGCAAUGCACCAGAAGCUCAUCGUGCUGAGAAUGAUAGUGUAAUGGCAUUGGAAUGUGCAGUUGUUCUUUCUAAACAGUUUGUGAAAUGGGUUGACGAAAAUUGCAUUCCAUUUGUGGAUAUACAACCAAUGACUCCAGGGGUGCCAUUGGGAAUGUAA